AUGGAUUAGUAGGAAUCAGCAAGAUCGAUCAACAUAAGUUAAAGUUCAAUUGAUUAUUAGUAUAGGUUCUUCACGUUAUUCAGAUAAAUUCUAACCUUAAUUAAUUCAUAUAAACACUAAUCAUAUUUAAAAGAACAAAUUGGAUAGUUAAGAUAUCAGUCCUGUAUAUGAGAAAUCGCAUGAAGAUAUGACACAUGAUAAGUAGAUGAGAUAAACCAGAGUAAAUCUAAAGAAAGCAUCAAAUUAUUAUGUAAAUCAAUAAAUAUGUAUCCAAGACAGCUUCUUAAUUUCCAUAAGAUAGAAUGUAAAAUGCAAGAGGCAGCAAAAUAAUGUAAUUAAUAAAAUAGAAAAACUAAUUAAAAAAGUUUAAAGAUAGAUUAUUUUAAAAUGCCCAUAUAUAUCCUCGCCAUCCAAAUGAAUAAUUAAUUAAUUUUUUGGAAGAGUAAUAUAUUCAUAAAAUCCAUCAUCAUCAAAAAAAUUAAUAAUAAGAAACUAGAUUUGAUUAGGUUCAGAUGGAUUUAUAGAGAAGUGUAGAAAAUAUUCAUUAAAAUCCAAAAAUUCCAAUUAUCAAUCCAACUGGUAAGUUUUAUAUGUUUUGGCAGUUUUUAAGACUUAUUUAAAUUAUGUUUUUAUUAUGGUGGGUACCAUUCAAGAUAUCUUUUGAUCCACCUAAAACUUCUGCUAUGAAUUAAAUUGAAAAUUUACUUAUCUAUUUAUUUGGAGUAGAUUUAUUAAUAAAAUUGAAUAGAGGUAUGAUUGAUCAAGGACAAAUAGUUUAUGAUAGAUUAAAGAUUGUUAAACACUAUAUCAUAUAUGAAUUAUAUGAAGAUGCUAUUUAUUUGAUUACAUUAACAUUUGUUAUUGGAAGUGAUCCACUAACAAUCUAUUUCUUUCCUGAAAUUAUUGUAUUAAUCCAAUUUACUUUAAAUUUCAUUAAACUCAAAAAAACUAUUAAUAAAUAUGGAGAGAUGUUUGCAAUUUAAUCAAAUUUUACUGAAUUUGCCAGUCUUUCUCAAUUAAUAAUCUUAAUCUUUUAUUUUGCUCAUUUUAUGGCUUGCAUUUGGUAUUAUGUUGGUAACAUGAGUUAAUCUUCCUUUUCAAAUUCAUGGAUUCAACAAUAAAAUUUAUAACAUUCUGCAGUAUUUCAUAAAUAUGGUUACUCAUUUUAUUGGGCAACUGCUACUAUGGUAACUGUUGGAUAUGGUGAUGUCAUUCCAUAAAAUAUUUAUGAAGUAGUAUGUGCAAUAAUUAUGAUAUUCUUUGCAAGUGUAGUAUUUGCAUUUUCAAUAAAUGCAAUUGGAGUGAUAUUCUCUAAUAUUGAUCUAUAAAAGCAAUCUUAUAAGAGAAAUCUACUAUUGGUGAAUUAAUAUAUGAAUGCAAAUGAAGUUUCUUUGUAAUUAUAAAGUAGAGUUAGGAAUUAUUUAAAAUAUUAUUAUGAAUAAUAAGUUAAAGGAAAUAAAUAAGAAAUCAAUUCAAUAAUAGAAAAAUUAUCUUAUAAUUUAAAAUAAGAAUUAUUGGAAGAUGUAUAAAUUAGAGCAAUUACAUGUGUUGAAUUCUUCACUAAGAAUUUUCAACCAUCUACAAUUCAUCAAAUUGCUUGUAGAAUGAAUAUUUAAUAAUAUACUCCUAGAGAAAUCAUUUUCUAAUCAAACUCGAUAGAUGAAAAUUCAAUAUAUAUUAUCUAAAAAGGGGAAAUCAAUCUUAUUGAUAAUAAAACUAAUAAAAUUAUAUAGAAAUGUUCAAAAGGUUAAUGCUUUGGAGAAUUUGAAUUUCUAACAUCCUAAAAGAGAUAAACCAAAGCUAUCAGUACUACUUUUAGUUCAAUCUAUAGAAUGAGUAGAGAUACCUUUCUUGAUAUCAUAGCUGAAAAUUCUACUGAUUUUUAAAAGUAUUGUGAAAUGAGAGAUAAGAUUUUAUUUCAUUAUUAAGAUCUAUCUAUUAAAUGUGUAGCUUGUUAAGAAGACCAUCUAAUCAAUGAUUGUCAUUAUCUAACUUAUAAACCUGAUACAGAAUUCCUUGUUAAAAAGUAAUUGUUUAAUUCCAAUUAAGAGAGAUCCUCAUUCAAACGUAAGAAUUUAAGAUUCUAAAGAAUAUUUAAUAAUCAUGAAGAUCAUGAACCACAUAAUAAAAUUUAGUAACAAGAAGAAAUAAGUAUUUCCUAAGAAUCUGGUAAUAGAUAAAAUUCUAGUGUACUUGAAAGUGAACAUCAGAAUAUUCUAUUUAAUGAUGAAGCUACUCAACAUAUAAAAAAGCGAAUUUCAUUAUGGGUUACUAAUCCAGAUUAACCAUAGAUUGAAGAUAAAAGUAUUUUAAUUUUAUUAAUGUAGAGUCUAUUUAAAAGUCUAAUCGACAUAGUAGUGAUACUCCUACAAAUAAGUAAAAUCGAAAAUCUUUAUUCAAUUCUUCUUAGGAUCACUCUAAAAGGCAUAUUAACAAUUAAUAAUAAUUUCUUUAAGUUAGUGACUAAUUACAAUUACAAUAAUAAGCUAUGAAUUCAUCUAAUAGUUCUUAAACAAAAAGUAAUCACCAAUUUAAUCAGUUGGAGCAUAUUCAAUCAUUCCAUUCAUUUAAUUUUGAAUUAGAUAAAAUGGAAACAUUUCAAAUCUACUUUCCACAUAAUAAUAUACAAAAUGUUCUUAAUUCUUACUAAAAGUAAUAGAAAUUACAAAAAUACUAUAAAAUAUACUUUUCAACUAGUAAAUAUAGAUUUAUAUUUAUUGAGAAGUAGCCCUUGCCAAAUGCUUUCAGAAAGUCAUUGCAUCGUGUCAAUAGCUAAAAUUGA